UGCACAAAGAUAUAACUCUGUAGAUUUGUCCUAAAAUGACCAGUAUGUUAGUUUAAAAUAUCUUCUUAUAUAACUAUUUUCUCAUUCCAGUUAUCUUCUGUUAUCUUUACGGUGUUCUGUCUCCUACUGUUUUAGCUUUAAAUCCAUUGUCUCUCCGUAUGAUCCAUAUCCUGGGGAUGUGGGGGCAUAUUUUAACUGUCUCCAACUUUAUAGCUUCCAACAGUGAAGCCUUUGUUAUAGUAGCUGGCUGGCAAAAAAUCAUGUUUUCCGCUCUUUGUCUAAACCCUGUAAGAAAAAGUGAAUGUGUCCCUGGGAGUUUCUGCAGCCCUGCACAUGGAUUCCAUCCAGUGGUGCUCGUCAGAAACCACCACGCAUGAGAUGCUGUUUCCACAGAGGAAAGCCUCACAAAUUAAGUCAAACUCGCAGCGCUGUCUAGUUUUCACUUCCCAGCCGAGCCUCCGGUUCUCCUUUUUUUUUUUCUCCUUUUUUUUUUUGGUGCUUUUUCAGCACGCCCCCCUGGUUUUCAUCAGAACACAAUGUCGCGAGGUCAGAUUUGACUCCUUGCUCGUUCAGUUUUUUCUCUAAAAGUUGUGAAGACGCUGAGCAAAGAUGGACUUAUGCUGCUGUCUCUGUUCAGGACCACCACACGAUGAACGAGACAGAGUUCAAAAGAAGACUUUCACAAAAUGGGUCAACAAACACUUGAUGAAGGCCCAGAGACACAUCACUGACCUGUACGAGGACCUCAGAGAUGGACACAACCUCAUCUCCCUGCUGGAGGUGCUCUCCGGAGAGACACUGCCGCGGGAGAAAGGCCGCAUGCGCUUCCACAAGCUGCAGAAUGUUCAGAUCGCCCUGGACUUUCUCAAACACAGACAGGUCAAACUGGUCAACAUCAGGAAUGAUGACAUUGCAGAUGGAAAUCCCAAGCUGACCCUGGGGCUGAUAUGGACUAUCAUCCUUCACUUCCAGAUCUCAGACAUUCAGGUGAACGGCCAGUCGGACGACAUGACGGCCAAAGAGAAGCUGCUGCUGUGGUCUCAGAGGAUGGUGGAGGGAUACCAGGGCCUGCGCUGCGACAACUUCACCACCAGCUGGAGGGACGGCAAGCUCUUCAACGCCAUCAUACACAAACACAGGCCCACUCUGAUCGACAUGGGUAAAGUGUACCGACAGUCCAACCAGGAGAACCUGGAGCAGGCCUUCAGCGUGGCAGAGAGAGACCUGGGCGUCACCAGACUGCUGGACCCAGAGGAUGUGGAUGUGCCUCACCCAGAUGAGAAAUCCCUCAUCACGUACGUCUCCUCUCUGUACGAUGCCAUGCCCAGGGUACCAGAUGUUCAGGAUGGAGUCAAAGCCAAUGAGCUGGAGCUGCGUUGGCAGGAGUAUUAUGAGCUGGUCACCAUGCUGCUGCAGUGGAUCAGACACCACAUCCUGGUCUUCGAGGAGAGGAAGUUCCCCACCAGCUACGAGGAGAUCGAGGUUCUUUGGCGUCAGUUUCUGAAGUUUAAGGAAACAGAGCUUCCUGCGAAAGAGGCUGACAAGAACCGCUCCAAACACAUCUUCAAGUCUUUUGAGGGUGCAGUUCAGGCCGGUCACGUCAAAGUGCCGCCAGGUUACCAUCCCUUUGAUGUGGAGAAGGAAUGGGGUCGUCUGCACAUCGCCAUUCUGGAGCGAGAGCGUCUCCUCAGGACAGAGUUUGAGAGGCUGGAGCGACUUCAAAGGGUCGUCAGUAAGGUCCAGAUGGAGUCGGGGGUGUGUGAGGAGCAGCUCAACCAGGUGGAGACUCUGCUGCAGACGGACAUGAUGAUGCUGAGCUCGGGGAAACCUGCCCAGCACACGGCAGAGAUGGAGGCCGAUCUGGAAAAAGCAGAAGGAAUGAUCCGCUUCCUGUUCAAUGACGUGCAACUGCUCAAAGAUGGACGCCACCUUCAAGCUGAGCAGAUGUACCGCAGAGUGUACCGUCUCCACGAGAGGCUGGUGAACCUGCGCAGCGAGUACAACCUGCGCCUCAAGUCCGGAGUGACCGCCACGCAGAUCCCCAUGACGCAGAUCCCCAUGACGCAGAUCCACACCGCCCAGGUCCUGCAGCAGGCCCCCAUGAGGGUGCGGCCCGAGCUGGAUGAGGUCACCAUGCGCUACAUGCAUGACCUGCUGGGCUGGGUGGAGGAGAACCAGCGGCGGGUGGAUGACGGGGAGUGGGGCUCCGACCUGCCCACCGUGGAGUCCCAGCUGGGCAGCCACCGGGGCCUGCACCAGUCUGUGGAGGAGUUCCGCUCCAAGAUCGAGAGGGCGAAGGCCGAUGAGAGUCAGAUCUCACCUGCCAGUAAAGCCGCCUACCGAGAUUAUCUAUCAAAACUGGAGCUGCAGUACGGCAAACUGCUGAACGCCUCUAAGGCUCGUCUGCACUACCUGGACCAGCUGCACGCCUUCGUCAUCGCAGCCACCAAAGAGCUGAUGUGGCUCAAUGAGAAAGAGGAAGAGGAGGUCAACUACGACUGGAGCGACAGAAACACCAACAUGACCGCCAAGAAAGACAACUACUCGGGUUUGAUGAGAGAUCUGGAGCUCAGGGAGAAGAAGAUGAACACUGUCCAGGCCACAGGAGACAAACUGCUGCGGGACGGACACCCAGCCAGGAAGACUGUAGAGGCCUUCACUGCAGCUCUGCAGACUCAGUGGAGUUGGAUCCUCCAGCUGUGCUGCUGCAUCGAAAACCACCUGAAAGAAAACACUGCGUACUACCAGUUUUUCUCUGAUGUGAAGGAUUCGGAGGAGAAGCUCAAAAAGAUGCACGACACAAUGAAGAGGAAGUACACCUGCGACCGCUCCAUCACCGUCACACGGCUGGAAGAUCUCCUGCAGGACGCAGCUGAUGAGAAAGAGCAACUGAAUGAGUUCAAGACUCACGUGGAAGGUCUGAAGCGAAGAGCCAAGACCAUCAUCCAGCUGAAACCACGUAACCCUGCUACCCCCAUAAAGGGCAAACAGCCCAUUCAGGCCGUCUGCGACUUCAAGCAGAUGGAGAUCACAGUCCACAGAGGAGACGAGUGCGCUCUCCUGAACAACUCGCAGCCUUACAAGUGGAAGGUGCUGAACGAUAAAGGCAGCGAGGCAGCCGUCCCGUCUAUCUGCUUCCUGGUCCUACCCACCAAUAAGGAAGCUGUCAACAGUGUUGCCGGACUGGAUGGAAACCUCCAGCGGCUGCAGACGAUGUGGCAGACGAUGUUUGUGGACAUGAAGAGCCUGCUGUCCUGGCAGUACCUGAUGAGAGACAUCACCAUCAUCAAGACCUGGAACAUCUCCAUGUUUAAGACCCUGAGGGUGGAGGAGUACCGUCUGGCUCUGAGGAACCUGGAGCUUCACUACCAGGACUUCUUGAGAGACAGCCAGGACUCCCAGAUGUUCGGGGCUGAGGACCGUAUGGACGUGGAGUCCAACUACAACAAAGCCAACCAGCACUACAACACAAUGGUCAGCACUGCAGAGCAAGGCUAUGUGCCACCCAGAGCAGGAGAGCAGGACGAGUCGAUGUGCAAGACUUACAUGACGCAGAUCAAAGACCUCCGCCUGAGGCUGGAGGGUUGUGAGAAUCGAACGGUGACACGCCUCCGCCAGCCUGUGGACAAGGAGCCACUCAAAGCCUGCGCCCUGAAGACUGCCGAGCAAAUGAAAGUUCAGUCUGAGCUGGAGGGCUUAAAGAAAGACCUGAACUCCAUCACGGAGAAGACGGAGGAGGUCCUGGCGUCUCCUCAGCAGUCCAGCUCCGCCCCGAUGCUGCGCUCCGAGCUGGACGUCACGCUGAGGAAGAUGGACCACGUCUACGGCCUCUCCAACGUCUACCUGGACAAACUGAAGACCAUUGAUGUCGUGAUCAGAAACACUAAAGACGCAGAAGACACGCUGAAGAGUUAUGAGACUCGCCUGCGGGAUGUUAGCAAAGUGCCGGCUGACGAGAAGGAGGUGGAGGAGCAGCGGGGUCAGCUCAAGUCGAUGCGUGCUGAAGCAGACAGCGACCAGGCCGUGUUCGACCGGCUGCAGGACGAGCUCAGGAAGGCGACGGCCAUCAACGACAAGAUGACGAGGAUCCACAGUGAGCGCGACAGCGAGCUGGAGCAUUACCGUCUGCUGGUCAACAGCCUCCUGGAGCGCUGGCAGGCCGUGUUCGCUCAGCUGGAGCUGAGGCAGCGCGAGCUCGACCUCCUCAACCGCCACAUGAACUCCUACAGAGGAAGCUACGAGUGGCUCAUCCGCUGGCUGGGAGAAGCGAGGCAGAGGCAGGAGAAGAUCCAGGCUGUGCCCAUCGGGGACAGCAAGGCUCUCAAGGAGCAGCUGGCAGAGGAGAAGAAACUCCUGGAAGAGAUCGAGAAAAACAAGGACAAGAUUGAAAACUGCCAGAAAAAUGCAAAGGAUUACAUCGAUUCAGUCAAAGAUUACGAGCUCCAGAUCUUGACUUACAAAGCCCUCCAGGAUCCCAUAGCAUCUCCUUUAAAGAAACCCAAGAUGGAGUGUGCGUCUGAUGACAUCAUCCAAGAGUAUGUAACUCUGAGAACCCGCUACAGCGAGCUGAUGACUCUCAACAGCCAGUACAUUAAGUUCAUCAUGGAGACGCAGCGCCGCCUGGAGGACGAGGAGAAAGCUUCUGAAAAACUAAAAGAAGAGGAGAGGAGGAGGAUGGCAGAGAUACAAGCCGAGUUAGAUAAACAGAAACAGUUGGCCGAAGCUCACGCUAAAUCUGUGGCCAAAGCAGAACAAGAAGCCCAGGAGCUGAAGCUGAAGAUGAAAGAGGAAGCGAGCAAGAGGCAAGAUGUUGCGGUGGACGCUGAGAAACAGAAGCAAAACAUCCAACACGAGCUGCAUCAGCUGAAGAGUCUGUCCGAGCAGGAGAUCAAGUCCAAGGGGCAGCAGCUGGAGGAGGCGCUCCUGAGUCGGACCAAGAUCGAGGAGGAGAUCCACAUUAUUAGACUCCAGUUAGAGACGACGAUAAAGCAGAAAGGUUCAGCUGAAUCUGAGUUACAGCAGCUCAGAGAAAAGGCUGCCGAGGCCGAGAAGCUUCGGAAAGCUGCUCAGGAUGACGCAGAAAGGCUUCGCAAGCAGGUGACGGAAGAGACGCAGAAAAAGAAGAACGCAGAAGAUGAGCUGAAACGUAAAUCUGAGGCGGAAAAAGAGGCGGCCAAGCAGAAGCAGAAAGCGAUGGAUGACCUGCAGAAAUUUAAAAUGCAAGCGGAGGAGGCGGAGAGACGCAUGAAGCAGGCCGAGGAGGAGAAACUGAGGCAGAUCAAAGUUGUAGAGGAGGUGGCACAGAAGAGCGCCGCCACCCAGCUGCAGACUCAUUCCAUGUCAUUCAACGAGAAGGCGACGAAGCUGGAGGAAUCCCUGAAGAAAGAGCAGGGCACCGUCCUUCAGCUUCAGGAGGAAGCCGAGAAACUCAGGAAGCAGCAAGAGGAGGCCAACAGAGCCAGGGAGCAAGCGGAGAAAGAGCUGGAAACAUGGAGACAGAAAGCCAACGAGGCUCUCCGCUUGAGGCUUCAAGCUGAAGAGGAAGCUCAGAAGAAGAGCCAGGCUCAGGAGGAAGCAGAGAGGCAGAAGGCCGAGGCCGAGCGGGACGCCAAGAAAAAGGCUAAAGCUGAAGACGCUGCUCUUAAACAGAAAGACAAUGCGGAGAAAGAGCUGGAAAAACAAAGGAAAUUUGCGGAACAAGUAGCCCACCAGAAGCUGUCUGCAGAGCAGGAGUGCAUACGACUAAAGGCCGACUUUGACCACGCUCAACAACAGAGAGGACUGUUAGAUAAUGAGCUCCAGCGCCUUAAAAACGAGGUGAACGCCGCCGAAAAACAGAGGAAACAACUGGAAGACGAGCUGGCUAAAGUCAGGAGUGAAAUGGACGCUCUCCUGCAGAUGAAGGUUCAAGCUGAGAAGCAGACGCUGUCCAACACCGAGAAGAGCAAGCAGCUUCUGGAGUCUGAGGCGCUGAAAAUGAAACAGCUUGCAGAUGAAGCAACUCGACUGAGGUCUGUGGCCGAAGAGGCGAAGAAGCAGAGGCAGACGGCAGAGGACGAGGCGGCACGGCAGAGAGCCGAGGCUGAGAAAAUACUGAAAGAGAAACUGGCCGCCAUCAACGAAGCGACGCGCCUGAAGACCGAAGCGGAGAUCGCUCUGAAAGCUAAAGAAGCAGAGAACGAAAGGCUGAAAAGAAAAGCGGAGGACGAAGCUUAUCAGAGGAAGCUGCUGGAGGAUCAAGCUGCUCAGCACAAACAAGACAUCCAAGAGAAAAUCACACACCUGAAGAGCUCAUCUGACUCCGAGUUAGAGAGACAGAAAACUAUCGUGGAGGAAACUCUGAGGCAGAAGAAGGUGGUGGAAGAAGAAAUUCACAUCAUUAAGAUCAACUUUGAGAAAGCAUCUAAAGGAAAGUCGGAUUUGGAGGUGGAGUUAAAGAAGCUGAAGGGAAUCGCAGAGGAGACACAGAAGAGCAAAGUCAAAGCCGAGGCGGAGGCAGAGAAACUGAAAAAGCUCGCCGCAGAGGAGGAGAAGAAGAGGAAAGAAUCGGAGGAGAAGGUGAAGAGGAUUACUGCAGCAGAAGAAGAAGCAGCUCGACAGUGCAAAGCCGCUCAGGAGGAAGUCGAACGCCUCAAAAAGAAAGCUGCUGAAGCAAAUAAGCAGAAAGACAAGGCGGAGAAAGAGGCAGAGAAGCAGGCCGUCAUGGCCAAAGAGGCGGCGCAGAAGUGCACUUCGGCAGAGCAGAAGGCCCAGGAUGUUCUCAGCAAGAAUAAAGAAGACAGCCUCGCUCAGACAAAGCUCAAAGAGGAGUUCGACAAUGCUAAGAAACUCGCACAAGCAGCCGAGAAAGCCAAAGACAAAGCGGAGAAAGAGGCAGCUCUGCUCCGACAGAAAGCCGCAGAGGCUGAAAAGCAGAAAAAAGCUGCAGAGGAUGAAGCUGCGAAACAAGCCAAAGCUCAAAAAGACGCAGAGAGACUGAAGAAAGAAGCAGAAGAGGAAGCUGCAAAGAGAGCGGCAGCUGAGGCGGCGGCUCUGAAGCAGAAAAAGCAGGCGGACGCAGAGAUGGCCAAGCACAAAAAAGAAGCAGAACAAGCACUUAAGCAGAAGACUCAGGUUGAGAAGGAGCUCACGAUGGUUAAACUGCGGCUGGAUGAGACCGAUAAGCAGAAAGCUGUGUUGGAUGAGGAGCUUCAGCGAGUUAAAGGUGAAGUAAACGACGCCGCCAAGCAAAAGAAACAGGUGGAGGACGAACUGUCUAAAGUUAAGAUCCAGAUGGAUGAGCUCCUGAAGCUUAAGCUUAAAAUUGAGGAAGAGAACAAGCGCCUCAUGAAGAAAGACAAAGAUAAUACACAGAAGUUGCUCGCGGAGGAAGCAGGGAAAAUGAAGAUCCUGGCGGAGGACGCUGCCAGACUGAGCGUCGAAGCCGAAGAAGCGGCCAGACAGAGACAGAUCGCAGAGUCUGACUUGACUGAUCAGAGGGCGCUCGCAGAGAAAAUGCUAAAGGAGAAAAUGCAGGCCAUCCAGGAAGCUACAAAACUGAAAGCUGAGGCAGCGGAGCUCCAGAAACAGAAGGACCAGGCACAAGAAAAGGCGAAAAAGCUGCUAGAGGACAAACAGCAGAUCCAGCAGCGCCUUGAUAAGGAGACCGUGGACUUCCAGAAAUCUUUAGAGGCAGAGCGAAAGAGGCAACUCGAGGUUUCAGCCGAAGCAGAGAAGCUGAAAUUGAGGGUGAAAGAGCUCAGUGACGCUCAGGCCAAAGCUGAAAACGAGGCUAAGAAAUUCAAGAAACAAGCAGAUGAAGCGAAGGUGCGUUUUGAGGAGACAGAGAAACAACCUACGAGCACCGUGGUGCAGAAGCUGGAGACACAGAGGCUGCAGAGCACCAAGGAGGCUGAUGACUUAAAGAAAGCCAUCGCUGACCUCGAGAAAGAGAAGGAGAAACUGAAAAAGGAGGCAGAGGAACUUCAGAAAAAAUCCAAAGAGAUGGCAAAUGCCCAACAAGAACAAAUUGAGCAACAGAAGGCAAUUCUUCAGCAGUCCUUCCUCACAGAGAAGGAGCUGUUGUUGAAAAGGGAAAAGGCGGUGGAAGAUGAGAAGAAGAAGCUUGAGAAACAGUUUGAGGAUGAAGUGAACAAGGCCAAAGCUCUGAAAGCAGAACAAGAACGACAGUGGAAGCUAAUGGAAGAGGAGAAGAAGAAGCUUCAGGCCGUUAUGGAUGAAGCUGUAAAGAAACAAAAGGGGGCUGAGGACGACAUGAAAAACAAACAGAAAGAAAUGGAAGUGCUUGAAAAGAAAAGGCUAGAACAAGAAAAGCUCCUGGAAGAGGAAAACAAAAAGCUCAGAGAGAAACUUCAGAGUCUCGAGGUUGCCUCCAAAACGAAGGAGACUGACCUCCAGUCUGAGCAGUUAGUUACCAUGACAACGGUGACAACAACAAAGAAAGUGUUCAACGGCUCUGUUGACGUGGACGGAGCGAAGAAAGAUGCUGAAUCACCGUUUGCCUUCGAAGGAAUUAGAGAGAAAGUUCCAGCCGAUAGGCUUCAUGAAAUCGGCGUCCUGACUAAAAAAGAACUGGACAAACUGAAAAAGGGCAAAGUCUCCGUGCAAGACCUCGGAAAGACUGAUAAAGUCAAGUCAUGUCUUCAGGGCCAGAGCUGUGUCGGAGGUGUCUUGACUCCAUCCAAAGAGAAAAUGAGUGUCUAUCAGGCUAUGAAAGAGAAGAAGAUCAAUCCUAACACUGCCACGAUGCUCCUGGAAGCUCAGGCAGCUUCUGGCUACAUCGUAGAUCCGGUGAAAAAUAAACUCCUCUCCGUCGACGAGGCUGUUAAAGAGGAGUUGAUCGGCCCUGAGCUCCAUGACAGGAUGCUCUCUGCAGAGCGAGCAGCCACUGGCUUCAAAGACCCCUACACUGGAGACAAAAUCUCUCUCUUUGAGGCCAUGAAGAAGGGUCUGAUUGAAAAAGAGCAGGCCACCAAGUUGUUGGAUGUACAGCUUGCAACGGGUGGCAUCGUUGAUCCCAUCAACAGCCAUCGAGUGCCUCUUCAGACGGCCUACAAGCAGGGUCAGUUUGAUGCAGACAUGAACAAGGAACUCACUGACCCCAGCGAUGAUUCCAAGUUUUUCAUCGACCCCAGCACUCAGGAACAGCUCACCUACAAACAGUUGCUGGACAAAUGCACCAAGGACGCAGAGACAGGACUGCUGAUCUUACCAGUCACAGAGAAAGCUGCUCAGAGUGAGAAAACGUACACCGAUCAGGAGACUAAAGACGUGUUCAGUACAUCAAACGUUGUCAUGCCUUUUGGAAGGUUCAAAGGCAAAACCGUCACCAUUUGGGAGGUCAUAAAUUCAGAAUAUUUCACUGAAGAGCAAAGGAGAGAACUGAUUCGCCAGUACAAGACCGGCAAGAUCACAGUAGAGAAGAUUAUUAAAAUUGUCAUCACCUGUGUGCAAGACAAGGAGAAGGAUAAUGAAAAUACAUUCAAUGGUUUGAGGGCUCCAGUUUCUGCCAGUGAGCUGCUAGAGUCGAAGAUUAUAAACAAGGACUUGUUCAACAAGUUGAGUAAUGGCAAGAUUACAGUGAAAGAGGUUGCUGAGACGGAGCCCGUGAAAAAGGCCCUGCAGGGAACACCGAGCAUCGCUGGACUGUUGAACGAACCAACCAAGGAGAAAAUGCCUUUCUAUCAAGCUAUGAAGAAAGAAUUACUGUCACCAGAAACGGCGAUGCACCUUCUUGAGGCCCAAGCAGCGACAGGGUUUGUAAUCGAUCCGGUCAAAAACGAGCGAGUCCCUGUUGAUGAAGCUGUAAAGUCUGGGCUUGUGGGUCCAGAACUCCAUGACCGACUCCUGUCAGCAGAGAGAGCUGUCAGCGGCUACAAAGACCCAUACACAGGGAAGAAGGUGUCUCUGUUUGAAGCCAUGAACAAAGGCCUUAUAAAGAAAGAUCACGGCAUCCGUCUGCUCGAGGCACAGCUCUCAACAGGUGGCAUCAUUGACCCUGUUAAAAGCUACCGCAUCCCACAUGAGGUUGCCUGCAAGCGUGGCUAUUUUGAUGAUGAAAUCAGCAAGACCUUGAAGGAAAACACUGAUGACACAAAGGUGUUUUCUGAUCCCAACUCACAGGAGGAUUCAACCUACGAUCAGCUCAUGAAUAAAUGUAUUACAGACAAAGAAACUGGACUCCCAUUGCUUCCUCUUUCAAAGAAGGCUGCAAAGCCAAAAGAAGACAAACAGAUUACAGAGGCUAAGACAAAGGAAGCUUUGAACCAUUCAACCAUGGAGCUGGACUAUGGGCCUUUCAAGGGAAGAAAGGUCACAAUUUGGGAGAUCAUACACUCCGAGUAUAUCACUGAGGAGCAAAGGAUACAGCUGAUUCGCCAGUACAGAAUGGGACAGGUGACCAUUGAAAAGCUGAUAACGAUCGUGAUAACAAUGGUUGAGGAAAAAGAGGACCAGACAAAGGAAAAGGCCUGUUUCGAAGGUCUCAGAGCACCAGUCACCGCCAGCUCUUUGCUUGAUUCCAACAUCAUCGAUAAGGCUACAUUUGACCAAAUCCAACAGGGUAAAAAGACACCGAAAGAGGUUAGUGAAACUGACAAGGUCCGGAAGUACCUGCAGGGCACAGACCGCAUUGAUGGUGUCGCUAUGAAAGAUUCAAAUGAGAAGUUAAGCAUCUAUCAAGCAAUGAAGAAGAAUGUUUUGCAGCAUAACACGGGGCUCGCGCUUCUUGAGGCUCAAGCUGGAACUGGUUUCAUAACUGAUCCGGUCAAAAAUCAGAAAUACACUGUGGAUGAUGCUGUGAAGGAGGGAGUCGUCGGCCCAGAGCUUCACGAGAAACUUCUCGCAGCUGAAAAAGCAGUGACUGGAUACAAAGAUCCGUAUACAGGCAAUAAGAUUUCUCUAUUCCAAGCCAUGAAGAAAGAGCUCGUCCUGAGGGAGCAUGCUAUUCCUCUCCUGGAGGCUCAGUUUAGCACAGGAGGCAUCGUCGAUCCAGUCAGCAGCCAUCGUGUUCCCAAUGAUGUGGCCAUUAAGCGAGGCUUCUGCAGCAAACAAUUUUCCAAGUCCUUCAAUGAACCAUCAGGCGAUGUUAAAGGCUUCACCAAUCCAAACACCAAUGAGAAUGUUACUUACAAGCAGCUGGUGGAGAAAUGCGAAAGAGAUCCUAACUCGGGUCUCUGCUACCUGACUCUGUCAAAGGCCGAAGCUCCUGCUCCCGAAGAGAAGUCGUAUCAGUACACAGAGGAGCAAGCCCAAGCAGAUCUGGCCAACACUCAGAUUGAGAUCCCUCAUAAGAGUUUUGCAGGAAAGACCAUGACUAUUUGGGAAGUCAUGAACUCAAACAUGCUUCCAGAGGAGGAGAGACGGCGCCUCAUGGAGCAGUAUCGCUCGGGGCAAAUCACAAAGGAAAGAAUGCUAAUCAUCAUCAUUGAAAUCGUUGAACAAAGAGAAACCCUGAAGACCGAGCAGAGCAUGUCAUGCGAUGUAAUCAGGAGAAGGAUUACUAUUGAGGAGCUAUACAGCGCUCGCAUUAUCGACCUACACACAUACAACCUCCUGAAGCAAGAAAAGAUGACGAUUCGCGAGGUGAUGGAAAUGCCCUCAGUCAAACAGUACCUCUUUGGCACCGGUUGCAUCGCUGGAAUCUUGUCAGACAGUCCUCCAAAGAUCAGCAUUUACCAGGCAAUGAAGGGCGGACAGAUUAAACCCGAAGUUGCUUUGAAUCUCCUCGAGGCCCAAGCAGCAACAGGAUUCAUGAUCGAUCCAGUGAAAGAUGAACUUCUAACAGUUGACGAAGCGGUACGUAAAGGGCUCGUCGGGCCUGAACUUCACGACAAACUUCUCUCUGCUGAAAGAGCCGUUACAGGCUACAAAGAUCCGUACAGCGGGAAAGUCAUUUCUCUCUUCCAGGCAAUGAAAAAAGACCUUGUUCCUGAGGAUUAUGCCUUGAAGCUCUUGGAGGCCCAGAAUGCCACAGGCGGAUUGAUCGACCCUGAUUACUACUUCCGUCUCCCUACAGAUGUUGCCAUGCAGCGUGGAUACAUUAACAAGGAGACACUUGACAGAAUAUCUGAACCUACUGACGAUGUGCGAGGUUUCACUGAUCCGGCGUCAGAUGAAAAACAGUCCUACGCCCAGCUGCUGAAGAGAUGCAGGGUUGAUAAAGAAAGUGGUCAUCGCUUACUCUCACUGGCAGAUCGAAGACUUCUCUUCAAGGGUCUCAGAAAGCAAAUCACUGUGGACGAGCUCCUGCGUUCACAGAUUAUCAGCCAAAAGACAUACAGCCAGCUCACUGAGGGAACCAUUUCAGUGGAGGAGGUCAGCAGAGACGUGAAGAAAUACCUGGAGGGAACCAGCUGCAUCGCUGGUGUGUAUGUAGAAUCUAGCAAAGACCGUCUGUCUAUUUAUCAAGCCAUGAAGAAGAACAUGAUCAGACCAGGAACUGCCUUUGAGCUGCUCGAGGCUCAAGCCGCCACAGGAUAUGUAAUUGACCCCAUUAAGAACCUGAAACUUAACGUCACUGAAGCUGUAAAGAUGGCCGUUGUUGGCCCAGAGUUUAAAGAUAAACUCCACUCAGCCGAACGAGCCGUCACAGGCUACAAGGACCCGUAUUCUGGCAAGAUCAUCUCACUAUUCCAGGCAAUGAAAAAGGGUCUCAUUCUGAAAGACCACGGCAUUCGUCUGCUGGAGGCUCAGAUCGCCACCGGUGGGAUCAUUGAUCCACAGGAGAGCCUUCGCCUGCCAGUAGAAACAGCAUAUGAGCGUGGCCUCUUCGAUGAGGAGAUGAAUGAAAUCCUCACUGACCCAUCUGAUGAUACAAAGGGCUUCUUUGACCCCAACACUGAGGAAAAUCUCACCUACCUGCAACUGAUGGAGAGGUGCAUGAUCGACCCAGAGACUGGCCUCGCUCUGCUGCUGCUCAAAGAGAAGAAGCGCGAGAGGAAGACGUCAUCCAAGUCCUCCGUUCGCAAACGCAGGGUCGUCAUCGUCGACCCGGAGACGGGCAAAGAGAUGUCCGUGUACGAGGCGUACCAGAAGGGCCUCAUUGACCACCAGACCUACCUGGAGCUCGCUGAGCAGGAGUGUGAGUGGGAGGAAAUUACCAUCACCUCAUCUGAUGGAGUUGUGAAAUCCAUGAUUAUCGACAGAAGGUCCGGUCGGCAGUAUGACAUCGACGAUGCAAUCUCAAAGGGCCUGAUUGACAAGUCGGCUCUGGAUCAGUACCGUGCAGGAACUCUGUCCAUCACAGAGUUUGCAGACAUGCUGUCAGGAAACAUGAGCGGCUCCAGAUCACGUUCAUCCUCCUUUGGCUCCAGUUCUUCUUACCCCAUGAGCCCGGUACCUUCCAUAAAAGCACCAGCAACCACCUGGAACGACCCGACUGAGGAAACCGGCCCCGUGGCUGGAAUCUUAGACACAGAAACACUGGAGAAGGUGUCCAUCACAGAGGCCAUACACAGAAACCUUGUGGACAAUAUCACAGGUCAAAGGCUGCUGGAAGCUCAGGCCUGCACAGGAGGCAUUAUCGACCCAAAUACUGGAGAGAAAUUCGCUGUUGCGGAUGCGAUGAACAAAGGGCUUGUGGAUAAAAUCAUGGUGGACCGCAUCACUCUCGCCCAGAAGGCGUGCAAUGGAUUUGAGGAUCCCAGAACCAAAACCAAAAUGUCAGCCGCCCAAGCUCUAAAGAAAGGCUGGCUGUACUACGAAGCAGGCCAACGGUUCUUGGAGGUCCAGUAUCUCACUGGUGGAUUAAUUGAACCAGAUUCCACCAGCAGAGUCUCCAUAGACGAGGCAGUGAAGAAGGGCACCUUAGAUGCACGCACUGCACAGAAGUUACGGGACGUUAGUGCAUACUCCAAAUACCUCACAUGCCCCAAAACCAAGCUCAAGAUCUCUUACAAGGACGCGAUGGAGAGAAGCAUGGUAGAGGAGGGGACCGGGCUGAGACUACUUGAAGCAUCAUCCCAAUCAAGCAAAGGCCUCUACAGUCCCUACAGCAUCAGCGGGUCAGGCUCUGCUACUGGGUCACGGUCUGGCUCCAGGUCUGGCUCCAGGUCUGGCUCCAGAAGAGGCAGCUUUGAUGCCAUGGGAUCAAGUUUAACCAGCACCUUCUCAUCAACCUCUUCCACCACUUACAGUUCCCCGAGCUACGGCCGCCGAUACUGACCAGUUUGAAAGUUCAGGAAUGAUUUUCUAAGGGAAGGAUACACUCUAAAGCCACAGUGCUCACCAGAUGCCUACUUCUUAGUGGAAUAAGGACUACCUUCAUUCUGCUCUGCAUGUGGUUGUUACAGGACUUUUUCGUAUUUAAUUUUAUACAAGUUGAAUAAUUUCGUUUACGUAUGUGUCACAUUUACUUUUAGUUAUGUUUAUGCUAUCAGACUCUCUGAUUACCGUAUUGUAAGCAGCAAACGCAAGAGCUGUUUAUCAUUUCCAAUAUAUAUCACAAAGUUUCAAGUGUACGUGAUAUUUUGUUUUGGUUUUAAAGUUGAAUAUUAUACGCAUUUACUGUUCCACAAACAAGACUCUAUUUACAAUACUGUGCGUGUUACACUAUAACCGAAACUGUUCAUUACCAUUAGCCUGAUUGUUAAGGAGAACCAAAUUGGAUGUACAUGUGUAUAUUUCUGAAUAUCGAGAGAAAAAAAAAAAGAUAGAUAGAUGCCACUCUGCAGAGCAGAAUAAGAAGUCUCUCCCGAAGAUGAAUUAACACUAAAAGUGUCUGCUUUAAGAAUGCCAAGCUUCAAGAUCUUUUCUCUCCUGGGCCACACUGCCACAUAUACUCUCCCAAUAUCUACUCCAUUCCCAGCUGUCCUUCAUAUAACCUGGAGUCACGCAACACGCUAACCUUACGAAAUGAACCUCAAAGAGCAAGUUCCCAUCAGUGGAAAGAUUACACAUCCUCUGAUGACCAUAAACACCAUCUGACAGUUCACACAUCCAACCUCAAGACCAACACAUGCAAGAACCUGCCUUUCUGAAAACUUCAAAAAGAUUUUGUCUCUACGGUUCUUUUCGUCUCCGGCUCUUUGCUCCGAUGUCUUCCAGACAGCCGUCACGUGGCAAUAAUUUGGAUUGUGACCUUCACUGUAAUCAUUGAUUUUAUGCAACACACUUGCUCAUUCAACAUUUCAUCCUAUUCUUUUAUUCUUUUGACUGUGGACCAUUUUGAUACUUGCAUUAUUAUUAUUAUUUUUAUCUUGAGUUCAUUUAAAGGCCUAAACCAUGCUUUGUAAGUGCCUGCAGAAUACUCUAACACUUAAAUGGGAUGUUGAGUAAUAAAAGACGGUACAGCUGUAACUGACUGAUGCAUGACUGAAAGAGCAAUGCGACCCAUACUAGUAUGAUUACUGUGUUAUCAGGUAAGCCUUUUUACAGUCCAACGACAUAAUCUAACUUUAAAAUAAUAACUGUCAUGUCAGUGUCAUAAAUGUGUUAGUCACACAGGGCUAAAAUGUAUGGUUUGAAUGUUAAAAAGUUGCAUUAUUUGAAUAUUUUUUUCCCUACACAGACAAAUAAUGUAAUGUAUGUACUGUACAUUGAUGAUUAUGUAGAGCACUAUUGCUAUAAAAGCCAUGAAUUAACAUUUCUUUGAGAAAGAUCUUUAAGCUUUGCCACCAGACCCAGUAUU